UUCCUGGCUGAAGAUGGGGAACCAGCCAUCCGCCUGCAGCGGCGAGAGUGGACGGAGCGACCACGAGUGGGACGAAGGUGAGGAAGUGUCGAACUCGUUCUGCACGCCCAGCAGGAGCUUCCCUGUCGGGCUGGUGCGCCGCCGCAGCGGCAGCGCCCCGGGGCAGGCUAGGAAGCGUUCGCCUUCGUUUUGUACCGCUUCUGGCGAUGCAACAGAGAUCGCGGUGUCCAUUUCUGGGUGCCGUGACUGGAAUGCGAGGGAUUUUUCGCCGCUACCGAACUGCAACGCGCAAGAGCAGACUUCCCAUGUCUCCUCCUCGCCAUUUCCGCGCGAGCUUUCGAAUAAACAUCGCGGGCUCGGCACAGGGGCCCCGGCACGCAGGUGCUACGGUGCCUCGACAGAGUGCCGGCAAUGCCGAGAGACGGAAGCGUCUCAAAGGAGACGGGAUGACGACGAGGCGUUUUUCUCCCCCUCUUCUUCUCCACGGAGUAAGCGGCGUUUCCAGUCGCCGCCCGAGAGAGAGUCCUCAACUCGGAGAGAGCUAGAUGCAGCGAGGCGGCGCUCACACGGCACAAACGGCUUCGACGAACGCUGGAACGAGAGGGAGAGAGCGGCAGCUGUCAGUUCAACGUGGCGAGCGGCGGAGGACCUGGCAGACGCCCGCUCUCUCGAAGACUGCCUGCAACGUCAGGAGCGGCCGCGAGUGCACACGGACGGCAGCCGAAAAAAAAAUGACGCGGAAGGCCAUCAUGGGUGCCACAGCCAUGCAGAAUUGGGUCGGGCUCAAACUGCGUACGGAGACGAACCUCCGUUGGGGUAUGGACUGCGGAAGAGAACGCGCCAGAUGCGCGAAGAAGAAGAGAGGAACCAGCAGCUGAAGCGGCGGCUGUGUGAGGUGGAAGAUGACCAAAAUCGAGCCGGCGGGGCUGACGAAGCAUGGAGAGAGCAUUGCGGAUCCUCUCGAAGGAAUGCUGCAGAGUCGCCGCAUGAUGAAGGGGGACUACGUAGAGAGCAGAGCCAGAGCUGGCCUCAUCGAGACUGUGCGCGAGAAAACGAUCAGUCCGAAAGAGGGCCCUCUCAUUCAAGUCACGCGUCACAGGACUUCUCCAGCGGGUCAGGGCGUGACGUGGCAGAAGAGGCCGAGGAGAAGAGACGAGGCUACGAGGGUCGUGGAGGAACCUGGAUACCGUACACGCCGAUCGAUGAUCGCCGUGGGUCGCAUCCCCGCGGAGAUUGUUCGAGGGCGCGAAGUUUCCACAAUUUGUCGCCUGAAAAAGCAACCAGGGAUUUCGCCCGAGGAAAGGAGGCGGCGCAGCUGGGGCCUGACGAUGGAGGCCUGGAAGCUCCGUCCUCGCAGCACGCUCUCCGGCCGUCACCCCGAGUUCGCGAGUGUGGACUUCCCGAAGACGAGACUCAUGCCGUCUCGCCUCAUUCGUUGCGGUUUAGGGCACGCCGGGGCCAUGGUAGCGUCGACUGGGCCUCCACGGAGAUGUGGAUGCGUGGGGACGCCAGUAGGAGUGAACACGGGUCUCCCUGUCGAGAUUCGUGUGCACAGCAGACAAGCAGAUCACUCGUCGGAGGGCACGCGUCGUCGCUCUAUGCUCACGUUCGUCAUAAAGUGCCUUCGCAUCGCGUGCCGUCUUCCGCGGGACGAAGAACGACAUCCGAAAGUGGCGUAAGGCGGGUCGGAGGGUUCUUCUCUUGUUUCGAGGGAAGUCCGUCGGACAACGCACAUGCACGUGGAGAGCGAGACGCCGUGGCUGGCGAAGAGACGCCGCAGGGAAGAGUCGUGGAUCGACGGUCUCUCGAGGCAGACGGCCUACUGGAAGUGAAGAACAUGAAUGAGGUGGCAGACAAGCCGGCCGGAGCUGGCGGGGGAACGCUCGAUGCCUGGACCGAAAGACUGGAGGAGGCGCUGCAGCAGCUUAUGACCCAGCAGCGGAUGGCGCGGCUAGCACAGAACACGUGGAAACUCCACGGCAAGGAAAUUAGUCUUCUCAACGCACGAGCAUUGUGUCUUUGUGAGGAAAUGUUCAGCGGCCACAAAGGGACUCUCGAUGCUUUUUUCUCUGGUCGCGAUGCCGCCUGGCUGGUGACUGCAUCCCAGUUUGCCGAAGAACAAGCCGGCGCCGGCAGGGAGUACGAAAGACUGAAAAACUCUGUGCUCCGGUGCGCACACUGCCGCGUAUCCGUCCACGCCCUCUGCGGCGCGGUCGCCACCAUGUUCCCUCGUCGCCGCCACCGGUUCUACUGCUGCGUCUGCAGACUUCUUCUUUUUGACCCCAGCAGCGAGGUAACGUGGUGCUCGUCGAUUACGUCCCUCGCUUGUCCGCCGCACCAUGCGUCAGGGGAAGACCCUGAUGCGCCGCCGGCAUUAGCCCCGUCUGCAGCGGGUCGGUGCGUGCUCCCGUUUAGUUACUCUCCCGUCUUGCAGAGGGAGCUGGCUGCGAGCCCUGCCGCCGCUCUCGAGCUCCGCUUCUUCCCCAUGGACGACCCCACGUGCGGGCGACACCGACCCUACCUUCCUGACCGGCUCCAAAUCUUCUUCAACCCCCCAAUUCGAGCCCUGGGCUCAGCUGGGACAGAGACCUGGGCCUUGUCGAGGAGACGCGGCUACCGUCCAGAGACAGAAGAAGAACGAACCAAGAGAGAUGCAUUCGUUAGCUAUUCGUUCGCAGAAGCAGCAAGAGGCACUGGUAGGAGUGGACCUGCCGCUCCGGCUCACAGAAUGAGCCCUCGAAGAAACCGAGAAGAGUCGGAAGCGACCCGUUCUUCGGCGGCUGGCUUCGACUGCUCCAUCCCGGAUUUCCAGGCUAUCUACGACCCUGUCGUUCCGCACUUGCAUCCCAAGCCUCCGCUGUAUCUCGCCGAUAUCAAGCGCCACGCAAAGCCAAAGAAUGGCAUGAACUACGUAGUGGCUCGCGGCCAGCAUCGGGAAGGACGUCUUUUUCUCGCUCAGCUCGUUUGUUCCCUUCCUGUGGAGGAGAGCCAGCUGCUCGAGGCUAUCGUCCAGCGCCGGUCUCUCCCCAUCCCGUACUGCACAGAUUUCCUGAAGUGGCUCGUCGCGCAGCAGGCUCGAUGCCCUUCAACGUCAUCUGACAUCGUCGAGGUCUUUAAUGAAAGUCAGAGAGCGGUGCGGGUCUUCGAGGAGAGGAAAGCGGGCACGUCCGACGGGCGUGGUAUUCGGCGAUCUUCAGCAAGCCUGACAGCAACGAGAGGCACUCGCGACAGCCAUGGAAGCACCGACGUCCAGAGCGAAGACUUUGGUGAAGAUGGACUCGCCUGCAAUACAGAAUCAAGCGAGCCACAGCCCAAGCGCAGUUUCUGGUCAGCCAUCAUCGAGAGGCUUCCAGGGUUCAAGCGAAGAAAGAAAGAACCGAGCCCGCAAGUAAACACGACGAGUGCAAGCGCGCCUGCCUCGUCUCCCGUCCUCACGCUCUCUCUUUUCAGCGACGACAUUGCUGGGCGACUAAGGACGCCUGUGCGCUCUGUCCACUGCCGGCAUCCCGAGUGUUUCGAUUUGCAGUUUUACGUCCGAACCAACUAUCUACGUCACUGCGGGAAGUCCAGCUGGAAGUGUCCGUUGUGCGAAGAGUACGCGUUCCCUCACGAGCUCUACGUUGACACCUUGGUUCAGGAGAUCCUCCAUAUGACGAAUUUCGCCCCGCCUAAACGCAAGGCGAAGACCGUAUCUUUCCACUCCCUGGGCUUGGAGAAGUAUGUUAUUUCUCAGUACGUGGAGGACGAAUUUGAGGACCUCAGCGCCGAGCUUUCUGGCUGGUAG